AUGCCGAACCUUCGUCCGAAACACCUCGCUUCCCGGCUCACCGAAGCGCAAACCCGAACCGUCCUCUCCACCAUCUCCUUUCCACAUUUCACCCCAACCUCCUCCCUCCCACCACCGACGCUAACCACCCUCUCUCUGCUGCACAUCCAUUUCCUCACAACGUUUCCCUUCGAAGCACUGUCCCUCAACUACGAGCCUGGUGGGCUCAUGUCUCCUCACCUCCCUGACAUCUACUCUCGCUUCGUCGAACGCCGUUUGGGUGGGGGUUACUGUCUGCAGGUGAACCAGUUGUACCGCGAGAUGCUGUCUGCGUUAGGGUUUCGAUGGAUCGGAGUGAUGGGUCGGGUUUUCGCGAACGGCGAUUGGAGCGGGUUGACGCAUACCACGACACUGGUUCUGCUGGAUUCGCACGUGGACUCCAGCAAAAAGGUCUACUACUUGUCGGAUGUUGGGUUUGGAAGUAGUCCGCAUAGACCGUUGCUGCUGCGAGAUGGGUGGGAGGAGUUCGGUCGGGGUGGGGAAAAGUUUCGACUCGUUAAAGCAGAUGUUCAUCCCAGCUCGAUUUUCGAGGAAAGUGAUGAGCAGACCGACGAUGCCGAAGUGCUCGCGAUUGCUUCAAAUCAGACCACUUGGAGGCUGCAAAAUCGCAAGAAAGCAGACAAGGAUUGGGAGAACUGCUACUCCUUCUCACCCUUAGAAUGCUUCACACCCGACUACAUUGCCACCAACAAAGCCACCAGCCACGCCCAGUCUGUCCCCUUUGCAACCACCAUCCUCGUCGUACGCUACCUCUUACACCUGCAGCUCGUAUCACAAUCCGAGGCACUGGUAGAGAGGGAUGGGCUGGCGAAGGAUCUGUAUCCGUACCAUCCGAGUGUAGUGGAGCAGAGGUUGAUCGUAGGAGACAGGUAUCUAGUCAGGGUGGGGGACGAGGUCAAGGUGGACAAAGUCAUCAGCAGCGAGGAGGAGCGGGUGGGGUUGUUGAAGAGCGAGUUCGGGUUGCUGCAGCAUGUAGAGACGCAGGUGGCGGUGAACGAGAUCAGCGGUAAGCCGUCGAGGUUGAAAUCCGACGAGAAGAAGGUCAAGGAGGAGCACAAGGUCGAGGUGAAUGGAAGCAGCACACGCAGCACAAUAGACACAGCAUGA